AUGAUGAAUGAUAAAGAUGACCUUCAAUCAUUAGACAAAAUAAAAUUAAUUGAAUUAGAAGUUGCUUCUGUUAAAGUUAACGAUACUCAAGAAAGAAUUGAGGUUAAAUAUAUUGUUGAUCCUCGAAGUAGAAUAAUGACUUCAAAUUGUUUUUUACCUGAACCAAUAAAUAUUCAUUUUAAUACAAUAGAGGAUUAUGAAAAUUUCUUAAAAUUAUUUGAUUUCUCCACUUUAUUGAUACUCAAUUUUAACCUUACAACUAACAUAGAAAUAUUAAAAUUAUUUAACAAGUACAACACCAAUCCAAAUUCCUUCUUCUCUGUUUCUAUUAAUGAUUCAGGUGAAUUAGAUCAAAAAGACAGUAAUGAUAUCUUUAAUCUAAUAAAUAAUAUAAAGAAUUCCAAUGAAAUAUAUUUAACAUUAAAUUUUCCUCAUCAAAAAACACCAGAAAACUUUACCUUCUCUGAAAUGAGCUCAUUAAAAGUUAUAAGUAUUAAAGAGGUAAAUGGAACACAAUUUCUAAACAGAGAAAUUAUAUCUCAUUUAUUGAAUACCUGUCCAGAUCUCCGAAGUUUUAGAAUCUCAGCAAUAAAUAAGGGAAUUUACUAUGAAAUCAUGAAAUUAAUAUUUGCUAAACAAACUUCAAGUAUACUUUCUGGAUGUAAAAAUAUAUCUUUUGAUGCUCAUUUUAUAAUGGAACAUGACUUCCGUCCAAUUAUCGUUAACUAUUAUCAGGAUCUUUUUUUAGAUAAAAAUUUUGAUGUUAGUAUUUUAUGUUUUCCUAAUGAUAAUGGAAAAUUAGGAUAUUCUUUUUAUGGUUCAAAAAAAUGUCAUAGUUGUGGACAUGAACAUGUUGUUAAUUUUUUUUUUGAAAUUGAAUCAUAA